AUGUCGUCUCCUGUAACUACUCCUCUGCCGGACACUCCCAAUGGCACAGGCUCGAGCUUGCCAACUCGUCCCCAGCCUAAGCUCUACUCGAGCCAGGAAGGCAGCUCCGGCGCCGGUACUCCCAUUGGCUUCCAGCGCUUCCCUCCUCACAACAAGCACUUGGAUCAUGCCGUGGGCGCUGCUCUGCGACAACCCUCCCCGCAGCCUACACACUUGGGCAUCCCUGGUACCCCGCACCGGGUGCUCUCCGAGGAGGACCCGGGCUACAUUGCGGCUAAAUUUGAGGGCAAGCAAAAGCAAAUGGAACAAGUCAUGGAUCAAUUGGAACAGAAGGGCUUCUUCCCUAGUGACUUUGUGAUCUCCGAAACCACCUGGUUCUAUAACAUGCUCGGCAUUGACGACACCUACUUCCAGACCGAGUCGGUGGAUGCCAUUGUGACCCAGAUCCUCUCCCUCUACGCCGCCAAGGUCGCCGCCUACGCCCGCGAUGAUAAGCAGCUGGAGAUCCGUUUGGACAAGGAGGCCGAGGACCACGCGGUCUACAUUGAUACCAGCAAGCCCGGUAUCUCCACCAUGGAUGGCCCGCGCUACGAGCAGCGCAUCGACGAGAAGUAUGUCAACCACUCCAAGGGUGCCAACAGCUACCGUGUGGAGACCUUCCGCUCGCCUACCACCCUCCCGGGCGACAACGGUCAGCAGCUCCGCUGCUACUUCGUGUACAAGUGCCAGUUCGCCAACCCUAACCCUUCCCCGAACGAGACCAACAUCGAUAUCAUCGGUGAAAAGCGCUUCCUGCAAAAGGCCACCCCCAACACCAAGGCCAUCUACCAAGAAAUUAUCACCACGGCCGUUGGCCGCUCCGGUCCCGUGAUCGAGAUGUUCGAGAUCGAGGGCAGCCGUGAGAAGCGUAUGGUCAUUGCCUACCGCCAGGGUUCCGCUAUGGGCCUUUUCAGUGCUCUGUCCGAUCUGUACCACUACUACCGCUUGACCAGCUCGCGCAAGUACCUGGAGAACUUCUCCAACGGUAUCACUGUCAUUUCGCUCUACCUGCGUCCCUCUGACAACACCGAGAUCUCCGCCAAGUACCCUCCCAUCGAGGCUGCGAUCCACCAGAUUAUGAAGGAGGUCUCACUUCUGUACUGUAUCCCCCAGAACCGCUUCCAGGGCCACUUCGCCUCUGGCCGUCUGAGCUUGCAAGAAACCAUCUACGCUCACUGCGCGUGGGUGUUCGUCCAGCAGUUCCUCAACCGUCUGGGCUCAGAAUACACUUCGCUGGCUGCUCUCUUGGACAGCAACAACAGUGUCCACGCGGAGCUGCUUUCCAAGAUCAAGAAGCGUCUGCGCACUGAAACCUUCACAGCGGAUUACAUCUUCGAGAUUAUCAACAAAUACCCCGAGCUGAUUCACAAGCUCUACCUUGACUUCGCCAACACCCACUACGUUCAGACCCGGGAGACCGGCGAUGACUUCCUCCCUACCCUCAGCUACCUGCGUCUCCAGGUCGACGAGGUCCUCGACGGCGCCAAGCUGAAGCAGCUGAUCCGCGGCACCGCUGUCAACGAGCAUGACGAGAUGGUCAUGAACUCCUUCCGCGUGUUCAACUCUUCGAUCCUCAAGACCAACUUCUUCACCCCCACCAAGGUCGCUCUUAGCUUCCGCUUGAAGCCGGACUUCUUGCCCGAGCACGAAUACCCUCAACCCCUGUACGGCAUGUUCUUGGUCAUCAGCUCCGAGUUCCGCGGUUUCCACCUGCGUUUCCGUGACAUCGCCCGUGGUGGUAUUCGUAUCGUCAAGAGUCGAAACGGAGAAGCAUACAACAUCAACGCUCGUUCGUUGUUCGAUGAGAACUACAACUUGGCCAACACCCAACAGCGCAAGAACAAGGAUAUUCCCGAAGGCGGUGCCAAGGGUGUCAUUCUCUUGGAUGCCGAUCACCAGGACAAGGCGCGGGUCGCCUUCGAGAAGUACAUCGACAGUAUCCUCGAUUUGCUCCUCCCCCCUGUCAGCCCUGGUAUCAAGGACCCCAUCGUCGAUCUGCACGGCAAGGACGAGAUUCUCUUCAUGGGACCUGAUGAGAACACCGCCGAGCUUGUCAACUGGGCCACCGAGCACGCUCGCGGCCGUGGCGCUCCCUGGUGGAAGUCAUUCUUCACCGGCAAGAGCCCCAAGCUGGGUGGUAUUCCCCACGACGCGUACGGCAUGACCACCCUCUCGGUCCGCCAGUAUGUGCUUGGCAUCCAGCGCAAGCUGAACAUCGACCCCUCCACACAGCUCAAGCUGCAGACCGGUGGUCCCGAUGGUGAUCUGGGAUCCAACGAAAUCCUGCUCUCCAACGAGAAGUACGGAGCCAUUGUCGACGGGUCCGGUGUGAUCUACGACCCCAACGGUCUGAACCACGAAGAGCUCCUCCGCCUGGCCAAGAAGCGCGCCAUGAUCUCCGAGUUCGACAUGUCCAAGCUCUCCCCCGAGGGCUACCGUGUCCUGGUCGACGAGAAGAACGUCAAGCUCCCCAGCGGCGAGGUCGUUCACAACGGAAUGAUCUUCCGUAACACAUACCACCUCCGCUCGCAGGAGAAGUUCGACGUCUUCGUGCCUUGCGGUGGUCGCCCCGAGUCCAUCGACCUGUCUACCGUCAACAAGCUCAUCCGCGACAACAAGAGCAUCAUCCCCUACAUUGUCGAGGGUGCCAACCUGUUCAUCACCCAGGACGCCAAGCUGCGUCUCGAGAAGGCGGGCUGCAUCCUGUACAAGGACGCCUCCGCCAACAAGGGUGGUGUGACCUCCUCCUCCCUGGAGGUCCUCGCCUCUCUCUCCUUCAACGACGAGGAAUUCGUCGAGCACAUGUGCAUCCGCGAGGACGGCACCGUCCCCGACUUCUACCAGGCCUACGUCAAGGAAGUGCAACAGAUCAUCCAGUCCAACGCUGCUCUCGAGUUCGAGGCCAUCUGGCGCGAACACGAGCAGACCGGUAUCCUGCGCAGUUCUCUCAGUGAUCGUCUCAGCUUGGCCAUUACCAAGCUUGACGAAGAGCUCCAGAUGACCGAGCUGUGGGACAACGUUGCCCUGCGUCGCUCUGUUCUGGGUGAUGCUUUGCCGCGUCGUCUGUUGGACAAGAUUGGUCUGGAGACUAUCUUGGAACGUGUCCCCGAGAACUACCUCCGCGCCAUCUUCGGCAGUUAUCUGGCCAGCCGCUUCGUCUACGAAUACGGUAACCAGCCCAGCCAGUUCUCCUUCUUCGACUUCAUGACCAAGCGUCUAGCUCAGAUUAAGGCAUAA